UGGAACAUUGGGAGAUUAUCCUACCAGCACUGAGAGCUAGGCUCCUGCUAAUUUACCCCCAUCCCUGCACUUCAGACCCAAACACAGUUGCAGACGCAGCCAGUGAUCGCCAGCUCUGUUUUUAUUUUGGAGUUGUUGACAUGUGCGUGUGAAAAGGACACUCGGUUAACGUCGGAAAAAGGAAGACUUUUUUUUUUCUUGUGGAGAACGCUGCGAGUGGAUUUUAGUUGGGAGCGUGUGGAUAAAGUAUUUCUUUGUAGAGGUCUUCUUUUGUCUGUCCGGAUGGGUUCCCUAAUGUGCAUGAGGAACUUGGCCCUGCAGCCGCCACUAUCAGUCUUCAGCCAGUGUCACUCCAUCCAGGAAAAUGUCCACUUCAUACGAUGAAUCUGCUGCUGUUGAUGAGACGAUGGACAGCUUUUGGGAGGUGGGAAACUACAAGCGCGCCGUCAAACGGAUCGAUGAUGGCCACCGACUUUGCAAUGACCUUAUGGGCUGCCUUCAGGAACGUGCCAAGAUUGAGAAGGCUUACAGCCAACAGCUGACCGAGUGGUCAAAGAGGUGGAGACAGCUCAUUGAGAAAGGACCUCAGUACGGUACUGUAGAGCGAGCCUGGUUGGGUGUCAUGACGGAGGCAGACAAGGUUGGUGAGCUGCACCAGGAGGUGAAGAAUGGCCUGCUCAACGAGGACACUGAGAAGGUCAAAAACUGGCAGAAAGACUCCUUCCACAAGCAAAUGAUGGGGGGUUUCAAGGAAACCAAAGAGGCAGAGGAAGGCUUCAAGAAAGCCCAGAAGCCCUGGGCCAAGAAGUUCAAAGAGAUGGAGACCGCUAAGAAGACCUACCACUUGGCAUGCAAGGAGGAGAAGCUGGCUGCCACCAGGGAAGCCACGGCCAAGGCUGAGGCCUCUGUCGCUCCUGAUCAGCAGAAGAAGCUCCACGAGAAGGUGGAGAAGUGCAAACAGGAUGCGGGGAAGGCCAAGGAGAAGUAUGAGAAGUCCUUGGACGAGGUGAACAAGUGCACGCCUGUGUACAUGGAGCAGAUGGAGCAGGUGUUUGACCAGUGUCAGCAGCACGAGGUGAAGAGACUCAACUUCAUGAAAGAGGUUCUGCUGGACAUCAAGCGCCACCUCAACCUCAGCGAGAGCCAAAGUUAUGCCACAGUGUAUCGGGAGCUUGAACGCACCAUACUGGCAGCAAAUUCACAGGAAGACCUGAAGUGGUUCAGCAACAACCAUGGCCCGGGCAUGCACAUGAACUGGCCAGCGUUUGAGGAGUACAACCCCGAUGCCACGGCCGCUGUGGCCAAGAGAGAGAAGAAGAAGCCUGAUGGUGUAGCCCCGGCCACCCCCAACACAGAGCACACCGGACAGCCUGGAGACCGUGGCAGUGUAAGCAGCUAUGACAAGAACCAGGCCUACUCGACCGAGUGGUCCGAUGACGAGCAGCACACAGCGUACUCGGGCAACGAGACCAACGGAGGUGGCAACUCCUUCGAGGAGGACUCCGGCAGUGCCAAAGGUGGCGGCGGCGGCGGCAGCACCGGCGGUGGCGGCGGCGGCGGCAGCACCGGCGGUGGCAGUGGCAGUGGCAGCGGCGGGGUGCGCGUGAGAGCGCUCUACGACUACGAGGGACAAGAGCAGGACGAGCUGAGCUUUCAAGCAGGCGAUGAACUCGCCAAGAUUGAAGACGAGGACGACCAGGGCUGGUGCAGAGGUCGCCUGGACAGCGGCCGGACAGGCUUGUACCCAGCCAACUACGUGGAGGAGAUCUAGCCGUGACUGAGGCAGUGCGAGCCACGGGGAGGCAGCUCAGAUUGUCCUACUGAAGAGCACUGCGCCUAGCCAGAGACUUAGGAGAAACACAUAUCUUGCCCAACCAAUGUGUGAAGCAGUUUCGUUCCAAUUCUUAGUAACCUAAAGAAGAAAAAGUCUAACGUAUCUAUACAGUAUAUAUUUAUCCGCUGGGGGGAAGCGCGUGGGAAUGGAGGCAUUUAUUCAAGUGUUCAUAGCACUCACACAUAAACACACACGUAUUACUUCAGCAACUCCACAGUGCUGUUAUAUAAUUCCCACUAGCUGUGUGUGUCUAGUGCACACACACAGCUGUUCCUAAGGGUUGAUGCAACAGUACAAUACCUUACAGGUUAUGGUUAAAUAUCACAAGCACCAGUAAAAGUAAUAGCACCCAUGUAGCCUAAAGGGAGCUACAGUGGAUGAAUACGGAUCUCUGUAAUGACAUAUUUCUUAUGCAGUCUCCAUCCUUGCCCGUACAGUGGCAACCCACUUUUCAUGUUUUUGUUUUUUUUCGUCUGUUCAUGUGGUGUUCCCUCACUGGUGAAGUGUGUGUUACAGUGCUGUUGUCUCUUUACACUGGAUUCUGGUUGCAUAGUAGCAUGCGCUAUGCAAAAGAAUUGACUUGAAUCAUCAGGCCAUCGCUUCAGGAUGCUAUGCUCACCAUAUCCACAGAUGGACAGGGGAGAGACACAAAAAAAAAAACAGACUAUAACUGACCCCUGACACCUUCAGGAAUUGGCAGGUGUUUCAUUUCGUGGCAUUUGUUUCUCUGUAUCCUUUUUCUCAUUUUCUAUAUGCAUAUCACAAUGGUUCAUGUUAAAGUAUGUAAGAGUUAGCAUAGUUUAAAAGAAAAAAAAUGCUAACAUUCCUGUAUUCAACUAACAAGUGUUGGGACUACAUAAUAUCACAAGCAUCUGAUCCAAUGCUACUUUAAAAGAUGAACUUUUGAGGCUAUGAAACAGGAGUAUGGAUAUUUAGUAUGCCUUUUGCCUACUAGGCAUUUAUGAUGUGAUUGCUGACAGCAGUGCAUACUGUUAAUUGCAUGUCGAGGUGUCAAUUGCUGUUUCGAAGUGCACAGAUCAAGUCGUGGCUAAUUGUAUUAAAGUCUUCUCCUCCCUUUUGACCUGA